UUGGUCAGCCCCACGGCGCCCUCGACGCUGUGGUGCCCUGUGGUGUGCCGCCAUCGUCAGGAUGUGGCAUCAGUGACGCGCAACCUGUGGUCACCCCGAACUGCCCCCUGCACCAGACGAUGGAUGCCGUCAUCGAGGCCGGCGUGGAGGACACCGGGACCGAGGUAGAGCAGAUUUCCAGCGAUGCUGGUCCGCCGUGCGGAGCGAUCUACGCUGAUCAGCAAUGCGAACUGAAAGAGGGGCAAGUACUGCAUGACGACGGGGAAAUUCUUCUCGUACAGGGACUGCAAGACUUCCAGGGCGUGAUAUCUGAGACGGUGGUGGUGGAUGAGGGCCACCAAGAGGGCCACCAGCAGCAGAGUGCCUCCAUGCCGGGGCUGCCCCGUGCAAACUUCGGUGGCUCCAGCUCAUACCAGCAGUACCAGCCUCUCGUCGUGCAAGGAUUCGUCACCAGCUCGGGCGAAGUUGUCCACGUCGUCCAAGACACACCGCCCAGUGGCGGGCACAGGACGCUGAACCCGUCCGCGAACCUGCCCGGCCAGACCUACCAGCACCCCUACCAGCACCAGGCGCAGCAUCAGGCGCAGCCCCAAAUGAUGCACCCUGAUCUGUACCGGCUCAUUAAGAUGUUCCCCGACUUCAGCACCAAGACACUCCAUCGGAUCUUUGUGAUGUGCCGCUGCGACCUGAAGCGCUCGUUGGACCAGGCUCUGUUCGCGCGGCAAUUCCGGCAGCUGGACUCGCAGUCCUACAGCCCCAUCGCGCCGACCUCCGCGGCCAUGGCCCCGCCGCACUUCCCGGCCGCGCCCUACCGCACCCCCGUCAGGGCGCCUUACAUGCAAAUGGGAGUGGACCUGGGCGACGUGUACCCGCCUCGAGGGAGAGCCAGCCACGGGGCCACGGCUGCCCCGGCUCCCCCACCGCUUUCGUCCCAGUCGUCGGCGCCUAUCCUGCUGUACCAGCAAGCCUCGGGCAUGCAGCCUCUCGGACUCGGCCAGCAGCUCCCCGACGUGGACGACGCCGAGGUGGUUGAGAUCAAGUUGUCGGACCUGUCGUCCGACGUCCAAAUCGGCACGUGCCAGAGUCUGGGCGACAGCGACAGCCUGGGGCAAAGUCUGGGGCUGGGGCUGCUGUCGACCGCGGACGGGGACAACGGCGCCAGUCUGGGUCCUGGAGGUGACAGCGCGGAACGGGGCGACAAGGAUGCAGAUUCGAAAGACGUGCUGCCUGACUUGGCCGAGGUAACUGUCGAAGACUCGUCUCAUGUCACCAAAACAGAACCGACUGUAGUGUGCUAGCUGGACCAACCUCGUGAGAGGGAAGUACCUUUUACAGUAGCCAGUAAGAGGACUUCACUUGAAGGAGUGUCAUGUACAUAACUUAUGUGUAGCAUAAAAGUGUAUCUUAAGAAAUACUUAUAGUAUG